AGCAUGUAUUUUGAGGUGUCAGUGUCUAUCCUGAUGUUGAGGCUGUGAAGGGUCAAUAAGGAUGAGGUUCGAGGGUUGCUGAUAUCUCCAAGGCAGGUGUCUCUAGAGUAUUAGCCUGAGUUCAGAGUAAGUCCCAAAAGAGGCCAUGUGCAGAUACUAUGCUGGGCCGGUCACUGAUUGUAUAAACCGGGCUCUGUCCCACACGUUGCUUUUGGAGAUGGAGAUAUGGCAACGAAAUGUCUUGUCCAGCACCUCUGGUGGAAUCCGUGACAUCAAAUUACGCCAUUGGCAUGCGUUGUACGGAUACAGACGACAGAGUCAAGGGCUCCCGUCAAAGGUGUCAGUCAGACCCGCGCCGGCGCCGGCGCCCGACGCCUAUCGAAAGCAGAUGGACUGAUGGAGCGACCAGCGGAUGAAAUGGGGCACGAGAUGGGACGGAGGAAGGGGUCAACUGUGGAUGGCCAACAAGCGCGUCGAG